CUCUCCCUGCUCAGACACACACACACACACACUCACACAUCCUCCAUCCCUCUCCUCCGCUCUGCUGGAUGCUGGUGCGUUCCAGGAGCGCAUGAAGGACGCACGGAGCCGGGGCUUCCCUUCUCUCAGUCGGAUGGAUACUGGCUGAGGAGGGAGCGGGUCCGGCCGGCAGCAGAGUCCAGCUCGACGGUCCCUCUGCUUCUGAACCCCCCCGGGCAGGAGAAGACACAUCCAGAUCCUCCAUCAUCUGACGGCCUCCCACCUCCCCUCCAGUCUCUGGGAUUGUGUUUAAUAUGCACACUCUCAACAGUGUGUAGCCUGCAGAGCCAGUGUGUGUGUGUGGGUGUGUGUGUGGGGGGGGUGUUUAUAUAUGUGUGCAUACUUGACGUGAAGAGAUGGGUUCUGUGGGAGCAGAACGCCGAAGGCCCACGCCGGGCCAGACGCCCGAAGAGAGGGAUGUGUGGCGGGAUGGAGGGGGAUGUGGAUGGAGGGAUGUGGGGAGGGAGGGCUGGAGGGAGGGGAGGGAGGGGAGGGAGGGGAGGGAGAGCGGCGUGGUGCAGAGCUACAGCUUCGACUCGUACCAGCUGGAGGAGGAGGAGAUCAGCAAAGACGCCCCCGAGCGAGGAGUCCUGGCUCUGUCCGAACCUGACUGUGAGGAGCCGAUCCCUGACGACCGUUACCAUGGCAUCUACUUUGCAAUGCUAUUGGCCGGAGUGGGUUUCCUGCUUCCCUACAACAGCUUCAUUACGGAUGUGGACUACCUGCACCAGAAGUUUAAAGGCACGUCCAUCGUGUUCGACAUGAGUCUGACAUACAUCAUCGUGGCUCUGAUGGCCGUGAUCCUCAACAACGUGCUGGUGGAGAGACUCAGCUUGCACACCAGAAUAACUGUGGGUUACAUCUUUGCUCUGGGGCCUCUGAUCUUCGUCAGCGUCUUUGACGUCUGGCUGGCGAAGUUCACCACCAGACAGGCUUACAUCGUCAACCUGGUGUCGGUGGGGGUGGUGGCCUUCGGAUGUACAGUGCAGCAGUCCAGUUUCUAUGGUUACAUGGGGAUGCUGCCCAAGAGGUACACACAGGGAGUGAUGACUGGAGAGAGCACAGCCGGAGUGAUCAUCUCCCUGUCGCGCAUCUUCACCAAGCUACUGAUCAAAGACGAGAGGAGGAACACGCUCAUCUUCUUCCUCGUCUCCAUCAGCAUGGAGAUGCUCUGCUUCCUGCUGCACCUGCUGGUCCGGCGCUCACGAUUUGUCCGCUACUACACCGACCACGCCCAGGGCAAAGGCCCGGGCAAAGGUCACGACCCCCGAGACAACGGGACUGGAUACAGGGUCCAUCAUGACGUCACUGCAGAGGAAGUAAGAUUUGGAAAUGGUGGGACGGCUCCGACCUCCACAGAGGAAGGCGUUGAGGAAUUUGUGGGAGGAACCUAUGUGCGAUUUGAUGCCCCGAAAGCCAAGAUAAGGACGAGCUGGCCUGGAGUCCGCGACAUGAUCGUGCACCGCUACGUGGUGUCCCGUGUGAUCUGGGCCUACAUGCUGUCGAUCGCUGUGACCUACAGCAUCACUCUGUGCCUGUUCCCCGGGCUGGAGUCCGAGAUACGAAACCCCAUGUUAGGGGAGUGGCUGCCCAUCCUCAUCAUGGCCACCUUCAACAUGUCCGACUUCGUUGGCAAGAUCUUGGCAGCGCUGCCGUACGACUGGUCUGGAGGCCGCCUGCUCUUCUUCUCCUGCCUCAGGGUGGUCUUCAUCCCUCUCUUCGUCAUGUGCGUGUACCCGGCCAGUGCGCCCAUCCUGUCCCACCCGGCCUGGCCCUGUCUCUUCUCCCUCCUCAUGGGAGUCACCAACGGAUACUUUGGGUCUGUGCCCAUGAUCCAGGCUGCUGGCAAAGUGCCGCCCGAACAGAGGGAGCUGGCAGGAAACACCAUGACAGUCUCUUACAUGACCGGCCUGAUGGUGGGCUCCGCGGUGGCGUACGCAGCUUACAGCUUCACCGCUCCGGGAGCAGGAACACACUUCUCCACGCUCAACGUGCACACGACUGCCAACGCUACAGGCUACUGAAUGUCAUAGUAACACAUUAAGGCUGUAAACACACACAUACAUGUACACUCACUCACACACACACACACACACGCAGCCAUUUACUCACAUUAACCCUGGAGGGAGAAGCAGCACAGACUGACGGACCACGGACAGACGGAUUCUCCUUUCAUCCAAAUCACGCUUGGAUUCGGCUCAUUGGCGAAAUGAAGGCGGACGAAGGGACAAAGAGCGAAAUGUAGCGUCGCAGGAAAUGAUGUUAACCAGUGAAAUGUAGCAGAUUAGUGAACUCGCUCACUCUCCAGCCCGGUGAUCCAGUGACCUUACAUGUCCCCCGGAGGUGAAGAACACGAGCUGUGCACAUGUCAGCCCCUCGAAAUGUCUCACAGCGUAAUUAUCAUCUGCAUGCGUCCGGUCAAGUGGUGUCUCCCAGCGAGGGGACGAGCGUCUCACAGGUUUCACGGGGACCUUGUGUCUUAGGUCACGUGUGUUUGCAUUUUCAUGAACUGAAGUCGUCAGAUGAAAGUAAGACGGAUGUUUUCUGAUACUGUUUUCCAUCCGUGGUGAUUUGAUUUGACUAAUGGGAUAAAAAUCCUCGUACUUUACCAUCUAAAAACAAACUUACUGCUCUGAGGUGGUUCGGCUCCACCAGCCAGACGGUUUCAGUCUCAUAUGAAAUCACUGUGACCUUUGACCCCUGAAAUCGAAUCAGUUCAUCUUUGAGUCCAAGUUGUAACUGGUUCAAAUUCGAAGUCGUUCUCUAAAGGCAGAGACUUGAUUUUAUGUUCCAGAGGCCAAACAACAGGUUCUGUGAGCCCACUUCACCCUCGACCUUUGAAAUCUGAUCCCUAAGAUAAUAAUAAUGUUCACAAGGCAAAAAUAGGUUUUUAUGAUGUCACAGUUACCUUGACCUUUGACCUUCGGCAUUCUAGUCAGGUCAUCUUAGAGUACAACUGAAUGCGUGUCAAGGAUGAAAUGAAAUUCCCUAAAGGUUAAUCCUGAUGUUUCACAUUCACAAGAACAUGAGGUCACUGUGA